AUGAAGACUCACGACUUCAUGAACGUUGAGUCUUUCUCUCCCAAGGCUAGACCGAUUCGCCUUUUCGGAUUCGAGUUUGGAACUUCUCAUGAAGAUUCUGAAUUCAAGGACACUAGUAAAAGCAUCAACCACGUCAAUACCACGAACAGUAACAAAGACAAGAGAUUCAAGUGCCACUAUUGCUACCGAAAGUUCCCUACUUCACAAGCCCUAGGCGGCCAUCAAAACGCCCACAAGAGAGAACGUCAGCAAACCAAACGCUUCCACCUCCAUUCAAACGCAGACGCUUUUUUCCACCGCAACCAAGACCACAUUGCUGCUUCUAGGUUCUUCAAGGAUCAUUUUAGCCUUGAAUCUGCUCGCAUCCACGACGCAAGAUUAGGGUUAUGGCGUAGGUAUAACUCAUCAAAAAGUUUUAGUGUUGACCGUACAUCUUACCAGACUAGACCGACGUAUGUUGGUGCUGCUAAGAGCAGACAUGGUCUAGUUUACGAGUCCAAAACGAAUGUACCGGACCACGUGAGUUUGGAUCUAAGCCUCUAG